AUGGACUUGCAGCUGUUUCAUUAUUCUUCUGAUCCUCCGGGUGGUUGUAAGAGCUUGCGAAGCAUGUCACCAACACCUAGUUCCGAGAAGAAGGUCAAGAUUUGGACAGGAAAGAUUUGGGAAGAGGCCAGGGAAUUCAAUCUCUGCAUAAUAGCUGAAGUCUACCCGGCCAACAUGCGGAAGAAUAUUCCCCAAGUCCAUGAGAGAGAGCUGCCGAGUGACCCAAACAUCGAAUUAACGCUCGAUCAUCAAAUACGAUCAGAAACAUUGCCGACCUACUUGAUUUCCCUCGGGCUCAAUGCAUACAACCUGACGGAAUCCAUUCCUUGGAGUUUCUGGAUAGCAACUCUAGUUUUGUCAGGAUCUGUGGAUCGGCCACGAGCGGGCGACGCUCUGGAGCCAUUGGCAUCGGAAGCUCAUCGGAUUACGUACGUGAAACACAAUCUAAUGACCGACCAAAUUGAUACUUUGAUGCAGGAGAACUGGAAUCGGACUCGGGAUCAGCACGUAGAGGACGACGUGCCGAAGCUGCUGACAUAUAUUCGCGACGAGAAGGGCUCCAGAACAAUCUUCACGGAAAGCAAAGCUAAGUAUUUCUCGGGUAGCGUAGUUUAGUGGUUGAUUGGAAGCUUCACGUCAGUGAAUAGAUAUUUAGUGGGUGAUUGGGCAGGGGAAGACAGACCUCGUGAGAGGCACCUUCUCCACGCCUAAGAGCUUCACUUUAGAACAUACAGAGUUAGUAAGUGAUUUUUCCUUUGGGCAGCUCACCCGCAGGAGGUAUUCUCCACUGGAUGAGCGUAAGUUAUUCCCAAGCAGGGCGGAGAAGACUGACCUCGUGAGAGGCACCUUCUCAGCCUAGGAGCUUCACUUUAGAACAUACAGAGUUAGUAAGUGAUUUUUCCUUUGGGCAGCUCAACCACAGGAGGUAUUCCCCACUGGGUGAGCGUAAGGUUUUCCCAAGCAGGGCGGGGAAGACUGACCUCGUGAGAGGCACCUUCUCAGCCUAGGAGCUUCACUUUAAAACAUACAGAGUUAGUAAGUGAUUUUUCCUUUGGGCAGCUCACCCACAGGAGGUAUUCCCCACUGGGUGUGCGUAAGUUAUUCCCAAGCAGGGCGGGGAAGACUGACCUCGUGAGAGGCACCUUCUCAGCCUAGGAGCUUCACUUUAGAACAUACAGAGUUAGUAAGUGAUUUUUCCUUUGGGCAGCUCAACCACAGGAGGUAUUCCCACUGGGUGAGCGUAAGUUACUCCCAAGCAGGGCGGGGAAGACUGACCUCGUGAGAGGCACCUUCUCAGCCUAGGAGCUUCACUUUAGAACAUACAGAGUUAGUAAGUGAUUUUUCCUUUGGGCAGCUCACCCACAGGAGGUAUUCCCCACUGGGUGAGCGAAAGUUAUUCCCAAGCAGGGCGGGGAAGACUGACCUCGUGAGAGGCACCUUCUCAGCCUAGGAGCUUCACUUUAGAACAUACAGAUUUAGUAAGUGAUUUUUCCUUUGGGCAGCUCACCCACAGGAGGUUUACUCCCUGGGUGAGCGUAAGGUUUUCCCAACCAGGGCAGGGGAAGACUGACCUCGUGAGAGGCACCUUCUCAAGCCUAGGACAGUCACUUCAGUCUGA